AUUUUCAGGUGUAAUUGUCAUUUCUUUCUUUCUUUUUCUCUCUUAAAAUUUAUUUUUGAAGUCUUAAUUGUGUUACCAGACAGGAAAUGUGGUGUCGUGUUCCUUUCGGACAGCGCCAACUCAUCUGAAACACCGCCGUGAAAAUAAUCUUUACACAUAAAUCAUUCUAGAAAUCGUGCGCCGGCAAUUAAUCUUCUUCUGGGCUUACCGACGCCUGAGCCGUCGUUGAGGUCGUACACGCCUUUCUUGUCGGUAAAACUUCCCAUUUCCCAAACCUAGCUCGCUUCCUUUCAUCUCUCUCAAUUGGGUUGUCAUAUUAUUAUUGGUUUGUGACGCUUUGUUAAUUUUGGUAGAGUUUUGGGCUUUUAAUCGAUUCAAUUCUCGUACGCUCUUUUUCGAGUACAGAUACUACAGAUCAAAAGGUUGUGUGUAUUGAGUUUCUCUAAACCAUAAAUGGGCAAUUGCGUAGUUAAGGUAUGCAAGUGGCUGUCAAGUUUAGUUUAUUGUUUUUUCUGUUCAUUUUGGAUCGUCAUUAUUCAAUAAAAAUGGAGUCUUGGUUAGGUGCCCACGUUUCAUCUUCAAAAGCAACCGAUAAUAAGCUAUUCUUUCAUUCUUUUUUAUUCUUUUUUUUUUUCCUUCUUUGGUUCUCUGGCACAAUAUGCAGAAAAAGAAUGAGGAGGAUGAUUCCGAUCAUAACGUUGAGUUUGCCGGUGGAAAGGUCCACCUCAUCACGACAACAGAAAGUUGGGAACAGAAACUGACAGAAGCACAAAAAGAUGGAAAGAUUGUGGUUGCCAAUUUUAGUGCUACAUGGUGCGGCCCUUGUCGAAUGAUUGCGCCAUUCUAUGUCGAGCUCUCUGAAAAGCACCCUUCCCUAAUGUUUUUGACAGUUGAUGUCGAUGAACUUACUGAAUUUAGUACGUCAUGGGAUAUCAAAGCAACCCCAACUUUCUUCUUCCUCAAAAACGGGCAGCAACUUGACAAACUUGUGGGUGCCAACAAGCCAGAACUGCAGAAGAAGAUGAUUGCCAUUCUGGAUUCAGCAAACACAUGCCCGACUUAGUGUGAUUACCAGGCAACAUUAGCGAAUCUUCCUUUUUUGUCUGUGUGCAGAUGUACAAUUGUUAUUAAAAGGGGAAAAAAUGACUGAACAUUUUGCGGGUGUUUUUGUGCGUGGAAGAAAGCCCUUCCUCAAACUGCCUAAUGCUUUAUUGUUGUCAACCACUCAAAUAAUCUGUUGUCCACAUUUAUUACAUAUGUAAGUUUAUGUUUCUCCAGGCCAGCUGUGGUGGUCUGAAUCUGAUAUUGUCAAGAGUCAACACGUUUUGCCAUAACAGAAAUUUUGGAGUUGAUUGAGGAAUGUUAUAAUUCUGAGCUUUGCCUUAAACGUUUGGGGUGAUUGCAGAUUUUGAAAUAAAGUCUGAUGACCCGGCUUAUUGUCAAAAGUGAUUGUCAACAUUAAGCACCCACCAAUUUUAUCAGCUUUAACAUUUGAAAUAGAAGUUGAAAAG